AUGACCAAUAACCUCAACUUUCCCCGAAUGGGUAAUGAAACAAUAAGAGAGUCACAUGGGCUUAUACCUCAACCCACCAAUCAAAUCCCGGCAUGUGACGGGCCCUAUGUUAUCUCCGCACUUGCGAUAGCUUCAGUUCCUUUGUCUUUCAACGCAGUGCCUUUUCUCAUCCUUUGGCCUCUGAACUUUUCUAAUUACUACUAUUCUCAAAAGAAAAGGAUGUCUGCCCGUCGCCCCCACAACCAGUCCUACGCCGAUGUUGCGGUGAAGCCUGCGCCGCAAGACACCUCCGACGUGGCCCCAGCUGUUCCUGCAGAUGUGAUUUACAAGCUCCUCGGCUUCACAGCUGCCAUGAUCGUUGGCCCGAUUGGCAUGUAUUUCUUGACUGUGAAUUCAAUCUUUAGUGGGAGCUCGACACUCGCCGGAAUCACCGCCGCCGUUACCGCUAACGUGGUCUUGUUCGCAUAUAUCUAUGUUGCCUGGACGGAAGACAAGGAGGACAGACAAGCAGCCAGCAAGUCAGAUUCAAAGAAAGCCCAGUAG